CUCACACACACACACACACACACUUCCUCUCUCGCUGACUCCCCCCCACCCCACACACACAAGCUUCUUUCUCUCACUUCAGCGCUCCCUCCCUCGCUCCCCCUCAGUCAGUCGUCGCUCUGCAGCCGCGCGGACGCACUCCACUUUUGGUACAGCUCCUGUGUAUUCUCUCCAGCUAUUCCAAAGCCGCCGCCGCCGCCACCGCCGCCACCGCCGCAGCCUCGGCACCUCGUGCAGUGCAUGCACUCCCAAGCAUCUGCUUCGUUCCAGCGUGGGCUCAAAGUGUGCACGGAGUGCGGGAUAAUGAACGACGGGCACCAAAGAAGAAAGCAGGGUGAGAGAGGGAACUGAAAAAGGAGUAAGGUGGAGAGAGCUUGCGUAAAAGGUGGUGGAGGACAGUUUGAUUCAGAGAAAAUUUGGAUUAAAGUGGCUACAUCUUUGCCCUAAAGUUACCACUAAAGGUGAUGAGCUCCAUGACUCUUUGACUGGAUAUCCUGACAGACCCAGGAAAUCUCCUUUUUGGGUUUAUCACACCCAGCACAGCCCCAGACCACACCCGUUCCCCCAUACGCUCUGUCUCAAAUCAUUUCACUGUGGCUCAGUUCUCGUCACUGGACUUUAACUUGGGGACCUGAACCUCACAGAUCGCCAAUGCUAACAAGGAACUGCCUGCUGCUGUUCCUGUGGAUUCUUGUCAACGAGGGUUCAGCCUCUUCUUUACGUCCGCCUUCGCAGCCACUGGGACGGAGCCGGGCGGGGAGGGAGCGCGCCAGGAGCUUGGUGGGCCCGAUGAAGAAUGGGGCAGCAGGAUUUCAGCGGGUCAAAAGGGGCUGGGUGUGGAACCAGUUCUUUGUUCUGGAGGAGUACAUGGGGUCAGACCCACAGUAUGUGGGCAAGCUGCACACUGACCUCGAUCAGGGGGACAGUGCGGUGAAGUACACUCUCUCGGGGGAAGGGGCUGGCUCCAUUUUCACAAUUGACCAAACAACGGGGGACAUCCAUGCCUUAAGGAGUCUUGACAGGGAGGAGAAGCCUUACUACACCCUGCGCGCCCAGGCUGUUGACAUCAGCUCCAAUAGGCCCCUAGAGCCUGAAUCAGAAUUUGUAAUCAAGGUCCAAGAUAUCAAUGACAAUGAGCCAAAGUUCCUGGAGGGGCCAUACACAGCCAGUGUUCCUGAGAUGUCACCAGUCGGGACGUAUGUGACGCAGGUAACAGCCACGGAUGCAGAUGACCCAACCUACGGAAACAGUGCUAGAGUUGUAUACAGCAUCCUCCAUGGCCAGCCGUACUUCUCUGUGGAUCCUAAAACAGGGAUUAUAAAGACAGCCUUGCCCAAUAUGGACAGAGAGGUGAAGGAACAAUACCAAGUAUUAAUCCAGGCCAAGGACAUGGGGGGCCAGCUGGGGGGGCUUGCCGGGACCACAACCGUCAACAUCACCCUCAGCGACGUCAACGACAACCCACCCAGGUUCUCUAAAAGUUUCUUUCACCUGAGAGUCCCAGAGUCCUCUGCAGUGGGGUCCGCUGUGGGAAGAAUCAAAGCCCACGACUUGGACAUCGGGAGGAACGCUGAAGUAGAGUACACCAUCGUGCCAGGUGAUGGAGGCGCCAUGUUUGAUAUCACCACCAACGAGCACAACCAGGAGGGGAUCAUCAUUCUCAGAAGGCCCCUGGACUAUGAAACCAAGAAGGCAUAUACCUUCAAGGUAGACGCUUCAAAUGCUCAUCUGGAUCCACGGUUUCAGAGCUUUGGGGCCUUCAAAGACACAGCAACGGUGAAGAUUAACGUUUUGGAUGUGGAUGAGCCCCCGGUGUUCAAUAAGCCCUCCUAUGUGAUGGAUGUGUAUGAGGACACACCCGCGGGCACCAUCAUCGGAGCGGUGACUGCACAGGAUUUAGAUGCCAGCAGCAGUCCAGUCAGGUACUCCAUUGACUGGAAGAGCGACAUGGACAGCUACUUUGACAUUGAUCCGGUGGAAGGGACCAUUUCCACGAACGAGCUCCUUGACAGGGAGACCAUCGCGCAGCACAACAUCUCCAUUGUGGCAACCAAACUUAACAGUCCAGUUCUGACCAGCCGGGUGGCCGUCACUGUUCACGUGCUGGACAUCAACGAGUUCCCCCCUGAACUUGCCAGUCCUUAUGAGACCUUUGUCUGUGAAAAUGCCAAAGCCGGACAGGUCAUUCAAACCUUCAGUGCAAAAGACCAGGAUCUGGCAACUGCUGGACAACAGUUCUCCUUCAGAUCACCAAAGGAAGAUAUCAAAAACAAGAAUUUCACCAUCCGGGACUUCGGAAAUAAUACAGCCGGGAUCGUGACUAAGCGGGGCGGCUUCAGACGACGUCUGCAGGAGAUCUACUUCCUCCCGGUGCUGAUUGAAGAUAAUGGCUACCCACCCAAGAGCGGCACAGGCACCUUGACCAUCCGAGUAUGCGGCUGUGAGUCGGAUGGUUCCCUGUUAACUUGCAGCGCAGAGGCCAUCUUUCUCCCUGUGGGUCUCAGCACAGGAGCUUUGAUUGCCAUACUUCUGUGUAUCAUCAUCCUGCUAGUUAUUGUCGUCCUCUACAUGGGCUUGAGACGGCAGAAGAAAAAGGAGACCCUCAUGUCGUCCAAAGAGGACAUCCGGGAUAACGUGAUCCACUACGACGACGAAGGAGGAGGGGAGGAGGACACACACGCGUUUGACAUGGGCACGCUUCGCAAUCCCAAGGUUGUUAAAGAGAACUUGUACCGCAGGGACGUCAAACCUGAGCUGAAGAGAGGUCCCAGGCUGCCUGUCUCGCAGGACAGCUCUGACAUCCGAGACUUCAUCAACCAGCGACUGGAGGAGCAUGACACGGACAACUCAGCCCCGCCCUACGACUCCUUGGCCACGUACGCUUACGAGGGCAAUGGCUCCGUGGCCGAGUCGCUUAGCUCUAUUGAGUCUCGCACAAUGGACCUCGAGGAAGACUAUGAUUACCUCAGUGACUGGGGACCCCGCUUUAAGACACUGGCAGGGAUUUUUGGGGAACAAUCAGAAUCUCAGUCGGACUCAACAACAACAGAGAACACACAUUGAUGUCGUUCACAGACUCCGAAAGCGAAUAUGUAACAGUGUUUUUUCGGUCGAUUGUGACACACUAUGUUUUACCAUUAUCUUUCUUCCAUGUUAUCUGUUUCCAUUCUCUUCAAGCGCACUGUUCACUGUAUUUCAUGUGGUACUUUACCAGGCUCAGUCCCAAAAUUGUACAAAAAAAACAAACACGAGAGAACAUGCGGUAACGUGACUAGAUGAGCAAAGCGGCCACUCAGUUUCCUUUCAAUUGAAAGUUGUUUCUUGUCUUACAUCUCGUUUCCUCUCUGGGAAUACGCAAACACACGGAAAUGCUGCCGUUUCCUCGAACAUCCUUUAAAGUGCCUCAAUAUGAUUCUUCUUUCACUUGCUAUUUCAUGCCACAUGUUCAGUGAUGUUUCUUAGAACCCCAUGCUGGCCGAGGCGUCUAACGAGACCAACGUCAACUCUGUGGGGACAAUGAGGUGGCCCGAGUUUGGCCAAAGAUGUUUUUGAAUGUUAUUUAUUGUUAUUAUUUAUUUAUUGACUGAGUUUGAUUCGGUUGUUUUGUGUAUUUAUCUAUUUAUCUCUCAGUCAUCAGUCUGUAUUUUUUAUUUUUGGAGACACUCGAAGAUUUUGUAAUUAAUCAAGGCCCACAUGAAAAUGUAUGUUUCUGUUUGGUGGGUCAUGUGAAUAGACUUGUACUAGAGUUGUAAAAAAGAAAAGGAAAAAAAAAGAAUUAGGGCUAAAUACCGCAGUUCAGUCGUGUAAUAAGCACUGUUUUCUUAAAUAAACCACACUUGGGCAGAAA